AUGCAGCAAAGAAUAAACGCCACCACCAAGGAUGCAAAAUUGAAGAAGAGACUUGAUCUCCAGGAGAAAAUGCAAUCACUUCUCCGUCCUACGAACCGAGGAAAUUUGACCACGAGAGUUGUCAACCUACCGAAGAGGAGUCUCUCACCUGCGGAAAUCACCCUCCGAUCAAAGAUACUAGGAUUUAAUCAUGCGGAUGCCACACCUACCGACUUCCUAGCUGGGCUUGAGUCCAUUCUACUGGCCUCCAACAUUCCGAAAGACAUGCGCGCGAACAUACGAAGCUGCGCCACCAGUAUUCUCCGGCAAAAAAGAUACCAAAAAAAUCUACCUGCCGAAGAAGCGCAGGCAUUACGAUCAUUGAAGUCGGAUCACAGUAUUGUCAUUGUUCCCGCAGACAAGGGUGGCGCUACUGUCAUCAUGGACGCAAUUGAAUACGUUGACAAGGCGAAUGAAAUCUUCAGUGACAUGGAGGCCUAUACCCUUCCUACUGAAAAUCCGACUAAAAAGCAAACCGCAGGCAUCAAAAAGAAGGUUAAUGAGCUCGCUCGUUUGAAAGUUAUCAGUCCAGAUGACUCCAACUUGAUGACCCUUAGUGAUCCCCACAUCGCGCACGCGUAUAGCCUCCCGAAAGUGCACAAGGUGGAUGUCCGCCUGAGGAUUAUAGUGCCACUUAUCGGAUCACCCACUUACAAUAUGGCUAAGUGGUUAUACAGUCGUCUGAAGCGGCUCACUUAUGAAUCGGACUACAGCAUUAACAACUCUCAUGCGUUCCUCCGCAGAAUACAAGGCCGCAGAGUAAGUACCGAUGAAUGCUUCCUGUCCUUUGACGUCGUUGCCUUGUUUUCUUCCAUACAACACGAUUUGGCGAUUGAAUGCGUAACCCAACGCCUACAGAACAAUCCUAUUGAGAUCCCAACGCAGCAUGUUAUAGAAGUGCUAAAUCUUUGCCUUAGGAACUAUUGUCAAUUUGGUAAUAGGCACUACCAACAGGUAAAGGGAACCCUGAUGGGCUCACCAAUAUCAGGACUGUUCGCCAAACUAGUUUUGCAGCGACUAGAAGAGAGAGUUUUCCUAACUAUCAAGCCCAAACUAUGGCUUCGUUGCGUUGAUGACACCUUUGUCAUAAUAAAGAAGUGCGAAGUCGAACGUCUUCAUGAGAGACUGAAUGACGUCUUCCCAGCCAUACAGUAUACGCGCGAAGAGGCAACUGGAGACAGCUUGCCGUUUCUGGACGUGAGAAUACAGAAGUUAAGCGAUGGUACCCUGGCAACAAGCGUCCAUAGGAAAGACUUUAAUUCUGAGAUUAUCCUCAACUAUGGAAGCAACCACCCCGCAGCUCACAAAAGAAGCUGCGUCCGAACUCUGUUCCACCGGGCCUACCGUUAUUGUAACAGCAACGAUCUCCUGAACAAAGAGCUUGCUCACCUGUAUCGGUUAUUCCGCUCUAACGGAUAUCCGAUCAGUUUUGUAAAGAACUGUCUCAGGCACCAGACACAGUCGCAAGACCCCACUCCCAACGGAGAGAUUGUGACGCGAAAAUUCUACUCCUUGCCAUAUAUGCGUGGAACUUCCGAAAUAAUCGCCCGGCAGUUCAGCCGCUUGGGUAUUCACGUUGCCCACAAACCUGCAUCUUCACUACGCGCAGCACUAUCUCGAGUGAAAGAUCCCAUCCCGAAAGAGCAACAAACGAAUGUAAUUUAUCGCAUCCCAUGUGCUAAUUGCUCUUGCGUGUAUGUUGGCCAUACAGGUCGAUGCCUGGGCACCCGUAUCAACGAACACAAACUAGCUUUCCGUCGGCGAGAUCCGCUGUCCCUCGUCAUUGCCCAUGCAGUCGAGUACGACCACCGAUUCAAUUGGGAUGGCAUUGAGGUCGUCGCCAUGGCUAACACAAAGCGAGCGAGGGAAUUUCUCGAGGCUUGGUACUCCGAUGCGGGUAGUAUCAACCGCCACGUUGACUUUGAUACUCAUCACGAGGGUCUACGUUCACGAAUUACUGCCGAUGCCCUAAUCACGCAGCAACGACCGCGAAUACAGCCGCCGCAUUCCGACUGA